AUGGCCGAGCUCCGCACAUCGAACCUACCCACUAUGGGUUCAAAUUUGGGAGCAGUCAAAGCUGAGAUUGACAGGGCUAUCGACUCGCUUCUAGGAAAGCUUCAGCAGGUCAACUCCACGAUUCAUGGCAAUCCAGAGCCUGCUUUCAAAGAGCGACUUGCAUGUGAGACCAUAUCCUCAUUCCUAACAUCACUGAAGCCUGGAAUCAAGAAUCUGAGCGUGGCAACGAGCGUCUACGGUCUUGCGACUUGCUUUGAAGCUCGUUAUCAAAGUUCCGUUCCGACGAGUCGGUGCGUCAACUUCAAUGCAGAAUACGACGCUCUUCCCGGCAUAGGUCAUGCUUGUGGGCACAAUUUGAUUGCGCUCGCAAGCCUGAUUGCCUUCGUGGCUCUCACAUCAGUUCUCGAGAAGUUUGGCGUGGCUGGAUGUGCUCAGCUACUGGGUACCCCGGCGGAAGAGGACGGAGGCGGAAAGAUCAAGCUCUUGGAAGCGGGAGCAUACAAAACAUGUGCCGUUUCCUUGAUGGCUCAUCCCACUGCACCUUCAGAUCAUCCCAAGGGUUACAACGGAACCGCGGGACAGACAUCAACAGCUCUCCUGGACAUCACUUGCACUUUCAGGGGUAAGAAUUCUCACGCGGGCCUCAAUCCAUGGGACGGAGUCAACGCCCUAGACGCAGUCGUUUGUGCCUACAAUAAUGUCUCUGUUCUUCGGCAGCAGCUUCAUCCUACCGACAGGAUUCAUGGUGUGAUUCUCGAAGCGCCGAAAAUCGCCAACGUUAUACCCGGUGAAACCAGGACCGGAUAUACCGUGCGAAGUUCAACCAGGCAGCGAGCGUCCAGACUUGGUGAAAGGGUCGAGGCAUGUUUGGCCGCAGCAGGUCUUGCGACAGGGUGCCAAACGGAUAUACAGAGGGAGCCAUUGUACGCGGAUUUACGUUUGAACGCAACCCUCUGCUCCAGAUUUGCUGCCAACAUGAGUCUCUGGGGCGACAAUGUCUGCGAGUUCCAGGAAGGCUUCACAGGAGGAUCGACUGAUCAAGGUAACGUCUCCUACGCAGUUCCAACACUCCAUGCGUAUUUCGGAAUUCCCGCUGCCUUCGGUGUUCAAGUACACUCUUUGGAAUUCGCAAAUGCCGCCGGGACUGCCGAAGCAUUUGCCGCUGCGGUGAGGGUGGGCAAAGCAUUGUCACUUGUGGGCUGGGAAAUACUGACGGAUGACGACCUCUUCCGCCAGUGUGUGGCCGAUUUUGAGCUUGACAAAACCGUUCGUGGUUGUGCCUAG